UGUCGUAAGGAUUCUUGGUCUUCAUUUGUUCACAAGUGGUGACCUCUCAUUGUCGAGCCAUGGCUUUGCUUCAGAGGAACGCUAUUUAUGCCGUCCGGCAAUUCUCCAUGAAUGCUGCGUCGAAGCAGCUUGUUAAGCCACCGAUUGCGAUUUUUGGCAUCGAAGGCCGCUAUGCCAAUGCACUGUACUCCGCGGCUUCAAAACAGAAGAACCUUGCAGUCGUUGAGAAGGACCUUCUUAAAGUCAAGGCCGCGAUUAAGUCAGAUAAGAAACUAGCGGAGUUUCUAUGUAACCCGUUGAUUAAAAAAACCCUCAAGAAGCAAGCGAUUGAGGAGGGUUUGAAGAAAAACAACUACAACCCUCUAACCAUUAACAUGCUGGGCGCUAUGGCGGAAAAUGGCCGCAUGAAUUAUGCGAAUGCCAUUAUCACUGCUUUUUCGAAAAUCAUGUCUGCCGAGCGUGGGGAGGUUUUGUGCGAGGUCACCACUGCCAAGCCUUUGGAUGACGCGAGUGAAAAAGAGCUUCAAACGGCGCUGUCUGCUUUUACAAAAAAAGGAGAAAAAAUUCUGUUGACAAAGAAGAUAGAUCCUUCAAUCUUGGGCGGAAUGGUCGUGUCGAUCGGUGACAAAUACGUUGAUAUGUCUAUAGCUACUAAGAUUAAAACGUACACAAAGAUCAUCAAGGACGCCGUUUAAAUGACUGCGGCCUCUUUUAGCACUUUGCAUACAGAUAAGAAACAAUUAAAGAAAAGUGAAUUAUGAGUGGUUAGAAAAAAGGAAAAGUUUACAACUACGCGAUCUUCCGGAAUAAAAAGUAGUAAGCAUUCAAAGAUGCAGCUGUUUUCGGAGGCAGAUCAGAUAAACGAAAAGCGAAAAAUAUUAAACGCAGUUUAUGGCGAUUGAUUAGCAAUCGCUAUUAAUGGUAGUACAACGUGCCGUGCGAUGAAUUCACUAGCAAGGAAGAGUAUCUCAUAUUGUCAUCCGGUAAGCCAAAGUAA